AUGUUAGAGCGCAUAGGUAAGAUGGUAUUUGGUGGAGCAGCAGUCGCGGUGUCAGCCUGCUUAGGAGCACUAUAUGUAUACCAAAAUAAGCUUGUUUAUCCAUCAUGGGCCCAGGGUGCUCGAAUGCACGUUGAUACACCCGAUAUGUAUGGCCUACCUUAUAAGGAGCUGCGACUUAUUACCAAUGAUGGAGUCGAGAUUCGUGCUUUUGAUAUCAGAAAUCAAAACUCCAAAGCGGUAUUUUUGGUUUUGGCGCCUAAUGCUGGUAACAUCGGCUAUUUCUUGUCCAUAGCGGAGCUUUUGUAUAAGCAGUUUGGACUUUCUGUUUUGCUGUACUCAUACAGAGGAUAUGGAUUUUCAGGGGGUGAGCCAAGUGAGCAGGGCCUAAAGUUGGAUGCCGACUGUGUGAUGGAGUACAUAAGUCGGGAAAGGUUCUUUUCAUCACGUAAAGUGAUUCUGUAUGGUAGAUCGCUAGGAGGUGCGAAUGCAAUCUAUAUCGCGAGGAAAUACGGACGCUUGUGCGACGCAAUGGUGUUGGAAAACACCUUUCUGUCGAUUCCUAAGGUGAUACCAUAUAUAUUUCCCCUUUUGAAGUAUGUGGCAUGCAUGUGCCAUGAGAUUUGGAAUUCUGAGGCCGAGAUGCCAUUGGUAGACUCUAGUUUACCAGUUCUGUUUCUAAGUGGGCAGAAUGAUGAGAUAGUUCCUCCUGCGCAUAUGAAGACCCUAUUUGAUCUUUGCCCUUCUACAUCAAAACAAUUCUUUACAUUCCCACUUGGGUAUCACAAUGAUACCAUCGUGCAGCCCGGAUAUUGGGACAUUGUUCAUGAUUUCCUACAGAAGAAUAAGGUGCUAUGA